AAGCGAAAAAAGUCAAAAACAGCAUCAGCAAAAACAACAACAAUAACAGCUACAACCCUGGAAACGAAAUUAACCAAAACAAAGACAACCAGCAAACAGAAAAAAACACAACGUCAUUCUUCUAAAAACGACGCACACCCAAAACAACGGCGCGCAGAGGGCGGAGGAGUCGUGCGUGAGCUAGACGUAGAUGCUGGUUAGUCUGUACGCGCAGUUGGCACGCGGCAUGGACAGCGUUUUCGAGGCUUAUCUCGGCCCGGACAGCGUUCUCGCUGGCGCAGUUGGCGGCGCAGUGGGCAGCGGCGAACCCGAGGAUAUUCCAAAGCGGAACGCAAACGUUUGGCUGCUGGGCAAACGCUACAAUGCCAUACAAGAACUGGAGGUAAUUCGUCGCGACAUCCAAUCGCGUCUGUGGUGCACAUAUCGCCAUGGCUUCGUGCCGCUGGGCGAGGUGCAGCUGACCACUGACAAGGGCUGGGGUUGCAUGCUGCGCUGUGGCCAAAUGGUGCUCGCCCAAGCCUUGAUUGAAUUGCACCUGGGCCGGGAUUGGUUUUGGACGCCCGACUGCCGUGAUACCACCUACUUAAAGAUCGUCAACCGUUUUGAGGAUACGCGCAAAAGCUUCUACUCCAUUCACCAGAUUGCCCUGAUGGGCGAGUCGCAAAACAAAGCCGUUGGCGAAUGGCUGGGACCAAAUACGGUUGCCCAAAUACUCAAAAUCCUGGUGCGUUUUGAUGACUGGAGUUCACUGAAUGUACACGUUGCCAUGGAUAGCACUGUGGUGCUGGAUGAUAUAUUUACACUCUGUCAGGAGCCCAGUGAGUCGGCCUGGAAGCCACUGUUGCUCAUUGUGCCUCUGCGUUUGGGCAUCAGCGAUAUCAAUCCCAUUUAUGUGCCCGCCCUGAAGCGCUGCUUGGAGCUGAACAGUAGCUGUGGCAUGAUUGGUGGUCGACCCAAUCAGGCGCUCUACUUUCUGGGCUAUGUGGACGAUGAGGUGUUGUAUUUGGAUCCACAUACGACGCAACGUGCCGGCGCCGUGGCACAAAAGACAACCGCAGCGGAACAGGAGCUGGACGAGAGCUAUCAUCAAAAGUAUGCGGCACGCUUGAGCUUUGCUGCCAUGGAUCCCUCGCUGGCCGUUUGUUUUCUGUGCAAGACGCGCGACAGUUUCAAUGAGCUGCUGCAGCAGCUGCGCCAGGAGGUGCUCAGCCUGUGCACGCCCGCUCUCUUCGAGAUAAGUCAAUCUCGUGCCGUCGACUGGGAUACGGCGGACGAUAUUGAAUGGCCCGCCAUGCCCGACAUCGAUUGGCCCGCCAGCAGCGACUCGGAGCCAUUUGCCUUGCUGGGCAACAGCAGCAGCGACGUCGACAGCAAACCGAGCGCCCCCAUUUGAGACAGAGCGAAUGAGAGAGAGCGAGAGAGAGGGAGAGAGUCGCCGCUCUCGGCGACUGCGCCGCUCAUCAUAAUUGAAACUGGAGCAGCUGCUCAGCUGUCCAAGCAAUCCAAGGCGGAUGCUGCGUUUCCCGAAUGGCUAUAAACUAUAAGAAAACCUAGACUUAAAUUUUUAGAUUGUUUACGAACAAAUACAUAUAUAUACAUAUGCAUAUAUAUAUAUAUAUAUAUGUAUGUAUGUUUAAUAUGCUGCUUUAUUGUACGAGAGAUUGACUCCAUGGGAGACAAUUUGGCAUACUCACACACACACACAAACACAAAGACAAACAUACACAUGAACACUUAGAAACACACACAAACGCAUUGUUUAUGCUAUCUAUUAUGAUGAUGAAUACAAACUACCUUAAUAAUUGAUUAAAACGCCAUUUUUUUAUAUGGAAGUUAAGAAUAGUCUGAA